GAGGAAAAAAAAAAGAAGAAGAAUUAGUGGGAGAAAGAAUGGUGAGUGAAGAAGUAGAAAAGAAACUGUAUGAAGCUGCAUUAAAAGGAGAUGUAACAACACUUGUACGACUAGUUGAAGAAGAUCCAUAUCUUGUUCAUGGAGUCUCAUUUCCAUGCUCAAGAAAUCUUCUACAUGUAGCAGCCGCACGAGGGCAUGCCCAGAUUGCCUUGGAAUUGUUCUCAAAAGACCCGGAGAUGUGCUGGCGGCGCGACGACCAAGGCAUGAAUCCGGUUCAUGUUGCAGCCAUGAAUGGGUGUGUUCAGAUUCUAGAACAUCUCCUUAAGGAUAGUUGUUUCCCCGCAUUGGAGAGACUGCAUCACGGGCAGACUGUGCUGCAUUUGUGUGUGAAGCAUGCUCAACUUGAUGCGUUAAAGUUUUUGGUGGAGAAGUUGGGAGAUCUUGUGUGUACAAAGGAUGAUGAUGGUGAUACAUUAUUGCAUUUGGCUGUUAGGUGCAAUCAACUCCAGAUUGUAGACUACUUGGUGGGAAUCGAAGUCCUAAAGCAGGAAACAAGAAACGGGAUGGGCAAAACUGCUGUCCAAAUCUUGAACGAGAGUCUUCCAACCACCCCCAACUACUCAGAUAUGAAAAAGCUCUUAAAAUAUCAGUCAGAUCUCUUCAUUUUUCAAGUGAUCCCGGAGAUGAGCAAUACCAUGAUGGUGGUGGCAGUCCUGAUCGCCACGAUGGCCUUCCAGUCGGCCAUCAGCCCCGCUGGAGGAGUAUGGGGUGAAGAUGACCACAACUCCUCGCACAUGGCCGGAAAGGCCGUGAUGGCAUCUACUCAUCCCCAUACAUACAUGACAAUUAGGCGCGCCAACACCACGGCCUUCCUGUGUUCCCUCGCUGCGAUGUACCUUUUCACUUUCAGGGUCCAGCUCGAAAAUUACACAUUUGCCUUCGCAUUGGUGUCGUUCCUCGCCAUGGGAGCGGCGCUGGUAGCUGUCAUGGUAACCUUCUUGACGUCGACGGACGCGGUCACUCCAUAUCAGCUCAGCUCUCCCACCGGGAACAAGAUCAUGUGGGGGCUUCUCAUAUUUGCGCUCGUAUGGGCGUGUGGUGUUUAUGUAAAGCAUGUGUAUCGGUCAUGGCGAAAUAAGAAGAAUCGGCAGCUAAAUCUUCGUGAUGAUGCUUUCCACCGCCGUGUUUUCUAUUGGAUUUUUGACAAGAUGGAGAAGCUCGAGUUCAGCGACGGAUCCAGGUGGGGUCGCGUGACCCCACCAACGGCGGAUCCAGGUGGGGUCACCAACCCCUCCAGAGUGCCGCCGGAACGCUUCUUUCAUCGGCCCUUCGACCCCACAACAUCCGUUCCUCCGACCAUAUUCCACGUAGAGAGAGCUGAGGAGGCUGAGUAAGAAAUGAGAAAGUGAGGCAGCGGCGACGUGAAUGAAGAAAGGGAGAGAAUAAGCUGUUCAGUUUUUGCUUUCAAGAAGAAAGAAAUGGGAUUUAGGGUGAGAGAGAGAUUGAGACCCAAUGAUCGAGAAUCACCCACUUAUUUCUGUAUUUACUUUACGUAUUUAAAUUAGCAAGAAGAAAAAUUGAUACAUGUCCUAUUUAAUAUAGUUUCAUAUCUUGAUUAUUUCUAAUUUUAAAAUGAACUUUCAAAUUUUAUUGUUUUA